AUGGCGUCUAGCGCUUUCGAAACGUACUGGAAGGUCCUGACUGACAACUUCACAGACUUCCAGCUGGCGACCAUCGGAAGUUUUCUGAUCCAUGAGUGCGUCUUUUUCAUGUCUGGCCUGCCUUACCUGAUACUCGAGAAUUUAAAUGUCCGAAAAUACAAACUCCAGAAAAAGUCGAACCCGGCGUCGUCACAGAUCAAAUGCGUAUUGAAGCUGCUGAUGUACCAUUGCCUGGUCAACCUACCACUGAUUAUGGCGUCCUACCCGGUUUUCAAGUACAUGGGCUUCAGAAGCACGCUUCCCCUCCCGCACUGGAGUACCAUCGUUACCCAGAUCGUGAGCUAUUUCCUUAUCGAGGAUUUCGUGUUUUACUGGGGUCACCGUGCGCUGCACUCGAAAUGGCUGUACCAGAACGUCCACUGCGUCCACCAUGAAUACGCGACGCCGUUCGGGUUGACAUCGGAGUACGCGCAUCCCGCAGAAAUCCUCUUCCUAGGGUUCGCCACCAUUCUCGGCCCCGCCCUCACGGGUCCGCAUCUGCUCACCCUCUGGCUCUGGAUGAGCCUGCGAGUCCUCGAAACCGUUGAAGCACACAGCGGAUUCGAGUUCCCCUGGAGUCCUUCCCGCUUCAUUCCCCUCUACGGCGGGGCGGAGUACCACGACUAUCAUCACCGCUGCGUGUACACGGACUCCGGCAACUAUUCGUCCACGUUCAUCUACAUGGACUGGAUCUUUGGAACGGACAAGAACUACAGGAGAAUGAAGGCUUUGAAGGCAGGCAGUGCCAAGGACGAGGCUCCUACAACCAAUGGCACGAAGAAGGACUCUUAG